AUGGUCAGGCAGAAUGUGGAUGUCGUCAUUGGUCCUCCUUGUCCACCAUCGGCAGAGAUGACUGCUUACUUGUCAACGUUUUACGAGAUGACAAUGCUUGGAUGGGGCUUCCUAAUUGACUCCAUAUUCAGCGAUAGCACUCGUUUUAAAUAUCUUAUCAAAAAUUAG